AUGUCGCUGCUGCGGUCAUUGCGCCUCUGCCUGGUCGCCGGGCUCCCUCUGCUUCAGUCGCCCCAGCCGUGGCAUACAUUUCACUCUGGGUCCUGGCUGUCCUCGGCUUCCAGCAAGGAGCUCCUCAUGAAGCUGCGGCGGAGAACGGGCUACUCGUUUGUAAACUGCAAGAAAGCCCUGGAGACUUGUGACGGGGAUCUCAAACAGGCAGAGAGCUGGCUCCAUAAGCAGGCCCAGAAGGAGGGCUGGAGUAAAGCUGCUAGGCUCCAUGGGAGGAAGACCAAAGAAGGUCUUAUUGGGCUGCUGGGGGAAGGAGACACGACUGUGUUAGUAGAAGUGAACUGUGAGACAGAUUUUGUUUCCAGAAAUUUAAAAUUUCAACAGUUGGUUCAGCAAGUAGCCCGGGGAACCCUGUUGCACUGUCAGAACUUAAAGGAGCAGCUCUCCACAUACAGCAAAGGCUUCUUGAACUCCUCUGAGCUCUCUGAACUCCCAGCAGGACCCGAGAGCGAGGGUUCUCUCAAGGACCAGCUGGCCUUAGCGAUUGGGAAACUGGGAGAAAACAUGGUUCUGAAACGGGCCGCGUGGGUGAAGGUGCCAGCUGGGUUCUAUGUUGGCUCUUAUGUCCAUGGGGCCAUGCCCAGCCCCUCGCUCCGCAACCUGGCGCUGGGGAAGUAUGGGGCCCUGGUGGUCUGCGAGACGGCAGAGCUGAAGGCAGACCUCGGAGACCUCGGCCGCCGCCUCGGGCAGCACGUGGUGGGCAUGGCUCCUCUCUCUGUUGGCUCCCUGGGCGACGAGCCCGGGGGAGAGGCGGAAACCAAGAUGCUGUCGCAGCCGUACUUGCUGAACCCUUCCAUCACGCUGGGGCAGUACGUGCAGCCCCACGGCGUGUCCGUCGUAGACUUCGUGCGGUUUGAGUGUGGAGAAGGCGAAGACGCAGCAGACGCCGAGUAG